CAUGUCAUUGUUUCUUCAAGAUGGCGGACGAAGUAGUUGACCUCGAAGUUGCUCGCCAAAAAAUGAGGCAAUGGCGCGAUGAACCUCUUCGUAAUAGCGAAGAAGUCACUGAACUUGGUGAGUGUCUUAUUCUAGAACAUGGAAACAAGCUCGGAGACGAGCUGUGGACGAUUUACGAGCAAGUAUUCUUGGCUUCGAUCGACUGUCGAAAAAUGGAUUUGGCCACCAUGUGUUUGAGGGAACUUAAAACACAAUUUCCCAAGAGCAUACGUGUGGAGAAACUGAAUGCCAUGCGUCUUGAAGCGUUUGAAAAGUACGAAGAAGCCGAACAGAUUUAUAACAAGAUCUUGGAGGCAGAGCCAGCGAAUGCUGUUGUUCGUAAAAGGCUUGUGGCCAUUCUCAAGGCACAAAACAGAGUGGGGGAAGCUAUUAAAGAGCUCAAUGAAUAUUUGAAAAAGUUCAUGAGUGAUCAAGAGGCGUGGACUGAAUUGGCAGAGCUCUACAUCUCGCAGCAGGAUCACAAAAAGGCGAAAUUUUGCAUGGAAGAGUUGAUCUUAAUGAAUCCUCACAAUCAUUUGUUCCACCAGCGAUACGCCGAGAUCCUCUACACCCUUGGCGGGAACGAAAACAUGGAAAAGGCCAGGAAGUACUUCGCACAAGCUCUCAAGCUUGACAAUAACAACAUGAGGGCUCUGUUUGGGUUUUUCCUGGCUUCAGCCCAUUUGGCGAAUUCCUCCAAAGAUGUCAAGACAAAGAAGGAAAAUUCUAAAUUUGCUACCUGGGCAGCUACACAGGUUAAUGAGAGGUACCAAAGUGUCAGUCAAGCACAAGAGGAGGAUAAUCUAUCAGAACUGGAGAACAUGCUGGAAUCACUGCAGGUCGCUAUUCCUCAGAAUAUUCCUUCCCAGCGACUUAGUGAAAACUAGCACAGCAUGCAUGCCUACUUUAUAUUUUCAAGGCAUAAGAGUGUGCACAUGUACAUGUAGAUGUAUACUCACAAUACCAGAAUUCUUUUGAGGUUUCCGACCUUGUAGUCGGCAUUUGUUACGUAAAUAUUUGCUUAAUAUGUUGAUAUGUAUGGGCCUGUCAAUCCAGUAUCUCUUAGAAGCUUGGUGCAUUCACAACAUAAAGCUGAUUUUCUUUGAAUUGUUGUGAUAUUUGUAUGUUCUAUUUAAUCCCCUGGUAUCAAGAGAGAUCCAGAUUUCCAGUUUAAAAAUGUUGAUAUACCCACAUUGCAGGAUUAGUAAAAUUAUAGGUUACUUAAUACCUUUAAGAGUUUGGCAUUAGUCAUGUAGAGAUUUCAAUAUUGUGACACGGCAGGCCUGCCCACAUCAUCUUCAGCCCGGGGCAUUCUCUCCUCAAGUUACAUGUAGCAUAAUGUAUCUGAUUUCAUAAAAAUUCUUGUUUUGCGGCGAUUUCAAUUUCCGGUAAAAGAGAAAACAAACAGCGGUUACAAACAUAACAAGCAUAUCAUGUGAAACCUCUUUGUUAUGUUUGUAACCGCUGUUUGUUUUCUCUGUAUCUGAUUUCCUUUUAAUUCCAGCAAUGUUUGUUUGUGUUAUUUAAUCUCCUGAUUUGAGGGGAGAUCCAGAUUUUUGGUUUUCAAGGCAGGUCUGCGUUUAAAACAAUAAAACAAUGAAUUUAAAUGACUGAAGACUGAUUAGCUUUUAUUUUGGCUCAGUGACACAUUUAUGUACCCUAAGAAAUGGUCCUGUAUUCUGUAGUUUAGUCACAACUUACAUGCUUAGUUUAUUACUCUAGCAUAUAUGGGUUAUUAGCCUAGCCUGAGGUCACGAGGACUGGAUUUUGGCCAAGUUUUUCUCUGUGUUUGUUUUUGUGGACUGAGACAGAGUUGAGUUCCGUAACCACGCAAAAAAGAACAAGGCCAAUAUACAGCCAUCCUGACCAAACAAGCUUGGUCAAUAAAAGAUUUUUGUUGUGCAAACAGCUUCGGCUUGGGAGAAAUUAUUCUUGUGCACGACAGUGCAUAAUCCCAACUGGGCAAGAUAGUGGCAUCUUGUUUGCUUGAACAGCCAACACAGCGCCGGAUUUGUUUUUCUCAUAGAGCUCACCAUGUAAGAAGGUUAAAUAUUGUACAAUGUACUGUAGUAUCAAAGCAUACAUAUACAUGUAAUCCUAGUUAACCUUUGGUAUAUUUUCUCUUUUCAAUACCCAACAGUGACUACUUUGUAACUUCUGUAUAAUUUGUCAUGACAAAUUAAACUAGGAAGUUUGGCAGA